GUAAUUUAAUGUAGGAGCAACUCGCGUGUAAGUACAAAAUAGCAGAAAGAAAUAGAAGUAGAUUUACACCGGGUUAUAAAAUGUAGGUGGCACAGCGAUUCUGGCAGUUUAGCAUCAUUUUUUUGAACACAGGCGUAAGCGUUGUAACAGCGGCUGUUAUAUUUCUUCAAGACGUUUUCUUGUCCUCAAAACUACCAUAUAGCAAGAUGUCUUUCGCCAAUCGUGGCCGCAUGCUGGCGCCCGGGCCCGGGAGUGAGUUCGAUUCCAGCAGUAUGUCUCCGCAGCGCUCUCCUUCCGUGGCGUCUUCUGCGCAGAACAGUGAACGCUCACGCGCUUCUUCGACACAGCCUUAUGGGGGGUCUGGGGCCAGUAGUAUCACGACGGGAACCGUUGGCGAGCCUCAGUCACCGAAUAGGAGUGUUCCAUCAAGACUGACGUCGUUUUUGAAACAGAUAGCGAAGGGGAAUAGCAAAAUCGAACGGUUAGCGAAAAAAUUGAAAGAACCAAAUGGAGAUGCGCCGUUUGGAGGAGGGAUGGAUUUAUGGUUCUUUCAGUUCUUGAUAUGAGCAUUCGUUUUCGUCUGUUUCUAAGGAGAGGAAGAAAGCUGAGACUAAUAAAGUCGGGAAUGGCAUAGUUCUGGGUAACAAAGGUAAAGAAUACAAUCCCAAUCGACGAAUUGCUAGCAUCAUCAUAGAGCAGCUCCACCUUCCGCUCUAAUACGACCCGCAAACUCCCGAGAUGAAGACUACUUAGCUUCAGAAAAUGAGGAGACGGAGAAAGAACUUUUAGGCGAAAUCGAAGCGACCAAGGUGCUUGUCGCAGAAGCAGCGGCUUUACUGGCAUCUUUUCGUGCACCGCCAGAUGCAAGCGUUGGAGAGAGGGAACUUUUCAAGGUACUUCCUAGCUUGAGCUGUGCUAGAUUCGAAUUAUUGAAUGUACUUUUUUUUAUAAGAAAAUAUAGCAGUCGUGUCAGCACUUAGCACCUGUCUAGUAAAGUACUAUCAAUGUGAUGCAAAAACCGUACUUUCAAUUGCAAAUACACCACACCAAACAGGGCCAACAUCGCAAGUUGUCAAAUUCCUUAGCAGAUCAGAGUGUGGAACACGAAAAAAUCGCAAAAGUUACACUAGAAAAAAUCGCGCGUCUCAGCAGUGCACGCACCGCAGCUUCUAGGAGAGCACGGGAGGCAAGAGAGCAAGCAACACCACUGUAUCCCGAUUUAGGUGGAAGUGCUGUUUCUAAACCAGGACAAGGGACUUCUCCAAGCGGAGGUAACAAGAGUUCGAGUCCUGCGCUUAACCAGAGUUCCAGUUCUUCCUCCACUGCAAAAGGAGCGGCCGUCGUGGCCAACAAUCAAAACAGUGGGUCCUCUUCUUCCUUGCUGCAAGAACUGGAACAGGCUAGUAGUGAAGCGCAGUCCCAGAUUCGGAAGCAGGAAAGGGAGUUGCAGGACGUCACGCAAGAUGACGUCGGAGAAGACGAAGUCUUUCGGAACGAGUUAGUAGCAGAACGAAACCAAGAAAUCAGUGGAAUUCAUCGGGACAUGGCUACGAUUCAGAGCUUGUACAAGGAGCUGGCAGGGCAUGUGGAAGAACAAGGUAGAAUUAGUAAGGCAUAUCAUGUGCGAUUUCGAAAUGGAACGAAAUCGAAGUCCUCUAUUUUCUUGGUUGUUAAUCUGUGAUGUUGAUGAUCCUGAUUGGAGGUUUAUUUCAUUUUCAUUUUGUUGGGGGUGGCCGUAGCGCUUCAACCCUUGAGAAGCCGGGAGUCAUAGGCCGCAGGGGGUGCUUAUGGCCUAUGACACUGACCCUCUCUUCUGCGCUGUGCAGUAUGCUCAUCGGUUUGUUCGGUCUAAUCAAAUCAUCACUCAUUUCAUAACCUCCGAUCAGCUCUAUCCUCUCUCCGGCUCUAGCGUCCCGCAUCCACCUCCUGAAAAUAAAUGCUAAAUAUAAUACUAAGUUAAGUUGUUAUUUAGCCCCUACGACAUAAUUAAUGGACGAAAGACGGGAAAACUAACGUUUUUUUUGGAAAGUGCAUACUGUAAAGCUACUCGGUCUAGUACUUUCUCAGGAUCAUGAUUUGCCUUUCAUUUUGUUUUUGGUCCAAGAGCAGGUAAACCUGUAGUACUUCUCUCAUACAGUAACAGUCUCAAAAAUGUUACAUCCUCAGGUUCCACCAUUGUUCAGAUGGAGCAAUCUUUGGAGAGUGGGGUUAACCACACCGAGUUAGCGCAAAGAGAAAUCGAAGAAACGCAGAGGCAUAUGAGGAGACAGACGAAACUAUAUUCGUGUUUAGGGACUUUGACCUUUAUUUGUCUCUGCUUCAUCCUCUACUUCUUCUACGACUUGUUGCAUGCGAGAUCGCGCAGUGGAAGUAGCGGAAAAGCUCUCGUUGAUGGAAAUGGAGACAACCAGUUGUAUAGAGCGCAGAAGAGUUUGAAAACGACAUUGUUACAAUUCUUUGAGCGAGGUGGAGGUGCUGCUCUGCGAGAAGAUGAAGAAAAGUUGUCUGCUGCAGAGGAGAGGAACGAGAACGAUGAUUUCGGAUCAAAUGCAGAGUCCCAUGCGCCUUCCUCUAUUGCGCAGUGGAUGCUGACUGAAACGGCGCAUGUCGCAGAAAGAACCUGGCAAAUCUGUCCAAGUGCCUCAGAAGUUUCGUCACUCUUAGCCUCAAGUAUGUCGUGUAUUAUGGGACCAUUGUUUUCUUUCUUUACGUUCACACACCAUGACCAACGUGAAGCAAGUAGAGAGACGACGAGUAGUACGGCGAACUACAAUCGUCCACAUGAUCAUGGUGCACAUCGUUCACGAGCACAGAGAAGCACACCUCCACCAAGCAAACCUGACGUGAUUGUUGAGAACAUAGCUGGUGAUAGCAGUAACUCACAUUCAUCACGACAUAUUAGUGCUGGUGAUGCGAAUUUGUCAAUUUUGUGGGAGUAGUUUUAUCUUAUCCACCACCAAGCCACAAACUAGAUCGCCAUAGCCGUCAUGUAUGUCAUGGUACUGCGAGUCUCACAUUCUGCAGGGAAUCGUCAUAAAUGUUCAUCUACCUUCAUCCUGGCUUG